AUGGCAGGAUCCGCCGUCAUGCUUGAUGAUCCCGCCGCUUUCACGGGCCUUCUCACUAGAUGGGCGGUCCCGGAUGCAGUCAAGGACAAGCUUCGUGAUGCAGGCUACAACACCAUGGCUCUUCUGGCCCAUGCAAUUCCAUCUGUGGACGACCUUGAGGCCUUUGUUGAGUCUUUGCUGGGCAGAGCAGUGGGGGCGGACCCGACGGUUCCCAUUUUCUCUCCGGAGGCGGCUGCCCUUCGUCGUGUGCUUAAGGAGUGCAUCAACAUGGCAGGGCCGGCCGGUGCUUCGUCCCCGGCGGCACCGACCCCGGCCGCUGUGAGACCAAAACUGCAAGCUGCGGAUGUCCAAUCGCUUGUGGUGGAGUUCUCGCGCAAAUAUCCCUCGGAACUCCUUCGCCCAGAGGUCAUGCCAAGUUUGCCUUUCCUGAAUGCGGUCAAGGAUGCGGUCGAUUCUAAGCAGCUCUCCUGGAUUUCAUGGCGACUUCGAACGAGUGAGUCAGAUGAACAGGCCCUCACCGAGCGACGCAAACCGCGCACGGACUCGCAGAUGUUGCAGUCACUGCUCAGUCCGGUCUCGGAUGAACUUGUGGUGGAUGUCCCGCAGCACCUCCCCCUUGAGUCUGUGAUUCGUCGCUACCUUGACCGCAUGUCUUAUGCCCUCGCGGUUCUGGAUGCAUGCCACUUACUAACUCUGAAGAAACUCUCGGAGAAAUUUGUGACUCUGGCGACGGCGAUCCCGAUUGACCGCUCCCUGCGAGGACCCACGCUGGCGGAGGCUAUGGAUGCCGAUCGUGUGCUUUGGAGUGCCAUAUGCUCCUUGCAGAAGGAAUACGGCUGGUCUUUGCAGGAUUGUGUCUCUGAAAUGACACAUGUACGAUCGGACCUUCACAAUGCUUUGGCUCCGCGGCCGAAGGUGCACCAUGGUGGAGGUGAGCCUCGCGGCAAACGCCAGCGCACUGAGCCGCCGCCCGCUCCGCAUCCCAAUCCUCGUGCCAAGGCCAAGAGCAAGGCCAAGCCACGCAACAGUGGGGCUGCAGCUCCCUCCAAAGAUCGUGUUUCCAUCAGCAACUGGCCGAGCAAUUGGGCUCGACAGAUCGGCUCGCUGACCUUUUGCUGCGAGAGGCACCUGACCUUGACGAUCGGUUCUCUGGCUUUGCCCAUUGCCCCUCGUGCUCUUGCACUCACCGAUGAGCAGAGGGACUUGCUCCCACGGCCAAAUUCUGUCAGUGCGGUCGGUUCUGGCCACCAUCUCCGGACAGGGAUUUCCCCUGACUUGCCCCAGUUGCCCGCCUCCGACUUUCUCUGCGACUGCAAUUCGGGGCGUUUCUUUCUGGAUAUCUGUUCCGGGGCCGGGGCUCCUGUCAGUGCGGCCAUGCAAGCCUUGGGCAAGGACUGUUUUCAACCAGUUGACAUCAUUCACUGCCAGGAUUUCGACCUUCUGGAAGAUGAAUUUUUCGCUCAACUCCUGGCGCUCUGCUCCAGCGGUGUAGUGGGGGCGGCCAUAGCGUCUCCGCCCUGUGGGGAAUUCAGCCUUCUCAAACUGCGACCGGGCGGACCUCCCCCGUGCCGCACACCGGAGGAGCCGCUCGGUUGUAUUUCCAACGAUUGGCAUCAAUCUAUGGUGGCUCAGAACAGUGCUCUACUUCAUGAUCGAUGUCGGGAGCUUCUAUCCAGUGUCGCGGCUCUGGGAGGUUGCAUUGUUUUCGAACAGCCUCCAUCCUCCAUGACUUUUCUGACUGAGACAAUGCAACAGUGGAUUUCCAGCACACUUUCAUUCGGUGCCCAAGUUGCAGCUUGUCAUCACGGCAUGGAUGUGUCCAAGCGCUGGCUCUUCCUGUCCAACAGGCCAGACAUACUUGAACUCGCGUCUGAGUGCCAUCAAGCAAAGCGGGCGCACAAGCCUGUGUGGGGGAUUCGUGCAGAUGAUGGGAGUUUCCUUAGCCGAAUGACAGCUGCGUACCCGCAAUCACUGGCGGUUGCUUUGGCUGCGCGUCUGGGAAGGUACACUUCGUCUCAGGGCCGGCUGCUUCCAUGUGCAGAAUGGCGAUCUGUGCUACCCCUGGACCCAGUUUGGCCUGAUCUGAGUCGCCGUAUUGAGGAUGGGGCAGGUGUGAACAGUACAGCAUGCUGGAUUACUCCACAAGCCGAUGACCACCUUGCAGGUCUUCGCAAGAAGUGGACGCAGCGUUUGGUCGACAGUCGUCUCUGUCUCCGCGUCUGUUCCACUUUGCGAGCUGGUACCGACUGUCCACCCAUCAGCGCGGAGGAGCUUCAGCCCUUUCUUGAUGACCUGUGCGGCUUUUGCCAGGUCCCUGCAACAGAGGUCGAGAAUUUUCUAUCGAUUCAACCGGGACAGCCUUUCCGCUUGAACGUCCUGGAGAAGCUGCUGGCGGUUACUAAAGACCCUGAAGCGGAUCUAUGCCAGCAUCUUCGGAAAGGGGUGCGCAUUGGUGUGGACCACGAACUGCAGCCCUCGCCUCAUUGGCCCCUUCGCUCGGCUGAUCCGAUUGUGUCGGACCUCGUGAUUUGCGAAGGUUCUUGGAAAAGUGCCUCCGAUCACCCGGAUCAGGUCCGGGAGCUCCUGGCCCAGGAAAUCGCUGAAGGCUGGAUCGUGGAGAGACCUUCGGUUCAAUAUCUGCAUGAUCACUUCCCGGCGGUGGCUAUAGGCAAACUUGGACUGGUUCUGGCUGAAGGCAGGUCACCUCGACUCACGGUCGACAGCUCGAUUAGUGGAGUCACGGCCGCUUGUCAGAUCCCAAAUCACAUGCUGCUGCCACGCAUAUCCGACGUUGAGGAUUGUGCUCCCUCCUGCCUAGGCCGCCAACCUUGGAUCACGGUUUCUUUGGACGUGCGCAAGGCUCACCGCAUGGUCAUGGUAGAACACUGUGACCAGGCUUUGCUGGCCUUCACCUUCGAGGGACGCGUCUUUACGUCCAGCACCCUUAAUUUCGGGGCCAGAGCAUCCGCUUUUUGGUGGGCCAGAGUUGGUGGAGCCCUGCUUCGUUUGUCGCACGCAGCGAUCUGGCUUUCACAUCUGCUUUGGGGCUACGUGGACGAUUUUUUGGGAGGUUUUCGCGGCGAUGUGGCUCCGAUCUCUGCCUCCAUUUGGAUCCUCUUGCUCUUGGCUCUGGGAGUACCACUUUCUUGGCCAAAGUGUGUCUGGUCGUCGGAGUGUAUUUGGAUUGGAUGGUCCAUCAAUCUCGAAAGCUGGGUUUGCGAGCUCCCGUCUGAUAAAAUUUCCAAAAUUCUCGAUCAAAUCGCUGAGCUACUUUCUGCGGGGGACAAGGUCAAGUUCAAGACUUUGGAAUCACUCAUUGGACGCCUCUUGUGGGUUACAGGCUUGUGGACGGUGCUUCGGCCUCUGCUGUCCCCACUGUAUGCUGCUCUGCAGCGCUCACCAGCUUCCUCGGUUGGUGUCAGCCCUGAAUUGUGGGCUGCGAUCAAGCGCAACAUUGCUGAGGAUUGUGUGCUGACCCGCUCGGUUGGGCAUCCAUCUUUCCAUAAAGGUGCUUGCAUCACUCGUGCGGCCAAUACUUUUGUGUCUUCCAAGCAGGAUCUUGAUCAGGUGCCAUUCAGGAAGCGCCGAUUGUGGGUCGAGGUUAAGGAUCCUGGGCAUCCGCUGCGAGUCCUCGGGGAUGUCGGCAGGUCAAGCUUAAUUGCUUGGCGUGCCAUCUUCCAGGGAACCCCGUUCUUGAAGGCGCUUCGCAGCCCGCUCCCGCUGAAGGUCAUUGCGGAGGCGGAUGCCUUUGCCGAUGCGGAGGUUUCUGGGCUAGGAGGCUACGCCAUGUGGCCCAGUGGUCGCACUGUCUGGUUUUCCAUUAGAAAAGACAGUCAGGAGUGGGCUGCUCUCACUUCGUGGUUCCCUCCGCCCCUCCAGGCGCAUAUUUCGGCGUUUGAACUCCUGGCUCAAUUACUGCUGCUUUGGUGUGUCUUCGCCACUCUGCCCUCCAAUCGUGGACUAUGUCGGGCUUGCCUUCGUUCGGACAACUCCGGUGCAGAGGCCUGUGCCUCCAAGGGCCUUUCCUCGGUAUUGUCCAUGAGCGAGAUUGUCAAGAAGUUCCUUGCUUUUCAGGCGUGGUCUGGUGUACAAGCUGAGGUCGAGCAUGUACCUGGGUAUCGCAAUGAACUUGCAGAUGCGCUCAGCAGGCUUAUGCCGAAUGACAUUGCCCCGUUGCCCUUGGGAGACCGGGUGCAUCCGCCUUUGCAAUGGCUUCUUGAGCAGCGGCUCGUUCUUGAACCCGCUUCGGCCUCGUGGCCGCCUCCUUUCAAGACUUGGAUGAGUAGCCCCUGA